CGUCUAAGUAAACGUUAAGGAGAGCGAAAUAGGGAGGAAGUCAAUAAAGGUGUCAAAAAUAUCUGAGAUAACGGAGCAAACUGGAAAGGAAAGGAGAAGAGUAGCCCGCCUUUAGGAUAGUCUGCAACAAAAAAGUGAAGGGAAAUUUUUUUUUGACAAUGAGCCACUUUGGAGAUGGACGGACGACAGGGAUUGUGUUCUUAUAUAUGUGAUCAUGCCCCACGGACGCCCUUGCCCCUGAGCACGGCGACAGGAGGUGGGCAUACAGGUUGCGCAGGCGGGAAGGGAAAGGUUGGGAGAAAGUCAGCCUGCAUAGCAUUGGUCACCAGAGGAAUCGCCGUUUUUUCUUCUACUGCAUCUCCAACAAAUUUUGCAAGGCGAUUUUCCGCCAACCGACCAAAAAGAUUGCAGGCGGCAGUAGAACCCAGGAGUUUUGGGCAACCGGUGGAGGUGGGGGUAAGAGGUCGGGGGGCAGUGACCGACCGUUGCUUGGUGUGCCGAGCACUGUCAAUCGCUUUCCGACCCAUGUCCUUUGCGCAUUUUUGUCCAGAUUUAGGGGCGCACACACAGACACACCUUGCGGUCACUAGACACUCGACUUCACUGGCAGGUCCUUCUCCGCCCGCACGCACUUUGGCACAUGUCCAGGCAUACACAGCAGCACAAGCAGUCUCGGCAUAUUUGGUGGCAAAGUCGAUCACACGGCCGUAGGACAGAAAAGCACAGCUCCCCUCUUCUCCCCACGCGGAGGCACAUAUAGCAUGUGAAAUAUGCCGUCGAAGUGGAUCGGGUAAGAAAUUCCUUCCAUGAACGUGAUUCAGUGACCAAAAAUGGGUCUUUCUGCGCUCUGGGCAACCACGGAAGCUGCU